AUGGAUACGACCAAUGGCAUUGCUUCCCCUACAAUUUCUGGACGGAGCGGUGACAGUUUGAUGGCUGAUAGUAAUGCUGGCGAUAUCGCUUCCGAAAGAAAUUGUAGUGAAGAGCCCUUGGCUGUCCAUGCGGGAUCGAAAGGAAAUAACACCGAUAUAGAUCCAACAGUAAAGAUGACCAACUUAAAAGGGCUGGUUGCUGAGGUUGUCAAUGGUCAAAGUCCUGAAGAGAUGGAUGUGCUGCGUAUGGAAGAUAAUGGUAUGCGGAAUGUUCAGAACUCGGAAGACAAAAGUCCGGCCCUGCAAAAUGGCACCGAACCGCAAGCUAUUCCUACACCUGUUCUGGACACGAAGGACCAGGGAGCUGAAACGGUACAGUUGAAACCAAUUUCGGUUGGUCCUACACCAACCUUAGGAAGUUGUAUGGAGAAUCCUGACGGAAACGUGGAAACGGUAUCUACCCUUGUCCUAGGGGAAAAGCCCGCUGUUCAAUCCGAACAAGUCGCCAACGUAGAAACGGCGUCUUCUUUGAAGCGGAUUGAUUCACAGCGGCAAUCGCCCUCGACCCGGGAUCGUGAAAAGAAUAAAAUUCUUAAACUAUCUCCUGCGAAAAUUCAUGAACUCACUUCUUCUCCCGAAUCUCUUACGCUCCAUUCCGCUUCCCCAGAACGAUAUCGAUGGCAACCGGCAUUGCAUCCAUAUGCAUCCUCGGAUUCACGAAAGGCUGUUGGAGCUCUGGAUCUACAAGUAGAUAGAUUAGUUGCGAACGAAUCUUCGAGAAGAAUAAGGUCUCCAAGGCGCAAACUGAAUCUUGGAAGGAAUUCCCAUCUUGAGGAUCCACGCGAAUUUCUUGGGUCCGCACAUCAGAUGCCUCCUCCAUCCCCGACCAGGCGCAGGACUUACUCAACACUAGCUGGAUCGGUCCCAGAUACCCCUCAAAGACGGCGAUUCUCAGCAAGUGGCGAUAGAUUGGCUAAGUCGUGGUCCUCCCGUCCCAAGCCUGACCCGCUUGAUAUGGCUAAAAAUCGCCAAAACUCGGCAUCCAUAGCUGACCCGCUACCGUCCCCAGUUCCCCAAUCUAUUCCACUUCCUCCUUUCUCCAUUCCCACAUAUCUCCAGCUAGAAUUAGCUUCUGACCGACCUUCGCCCUUAUACAUCCACCGCUCCGCCAAGAAUGAUUUUCCCUAUGAGUCAUCUCAAGCGAAGCUUGAGCGUUUACAAAAUUUCUUCCUUCUUCCCCCGGCUCUGGAACAUGUUCUAAUUUUUGGUACACUAGCGUGUAUCGAUGCAUGGCUUUAUUAUUUUACGAUUCUUCCGUUACGAUUUUUCAAGUCCAUAUUUAUUCUUCUACAAUCCUGGGUUGUCAAUGUUGGAGCUGAAGCUCAGUACAUUUGCGGGUUUAUUAUUGCCGGGAUUGCAAGGGUAUGGCGGCGGAGACACCAGGCUGCAUCAGCUACUGGCGUGAGCUGGUACGAUCAAAAGGCUAAAGAGGACUCUGGUCACUCACAAUCAAGCGUUGAUAUUCCUCCAACUAUCGGAAUAGACAAUCCAUUCCUUGACGAUGACACUAAGAAUCGGGCGUCCGGAAAUGACAGAAGAAAUCGGGCAUCCGUUAGUCGGAGACACCGUAGGAAUAGAUCCAUUCCUUCAACUCUGUUACCGGACCACAAGGCAGACAUUUUGAAGGGCCUCUUGAUGAUAUUUACAUGCCUGGUUUUAAUGUAUUUCGAUGCCAGUCGGAUGUAUCAUUGGAUUCGCGGACAGGCUGCAAUUAAACUUUACGUUAUUUACAAUGUACUCGAAGUCGGUGAUAGGUUGUUGUCGGCCAUUGGCCAAGACGUCCUUGAAUGUCUGUUUUCACGAGAAGCUCUCGAGAGGAAACCAGACGGCCGCAGCAAGAUACUACGUCCACUCUGGCUGUUUAUCAUUGCGCUUAUAUAUACAGUUAUCCAUUCCACGGCACUAUUCUACCAAGUGAUGACCCUUAAUGUAGCAGUGAACUCGUACUCAAAUGCCCUGAUUACUUUGCUAUUGUCAAACCAAUUCGUGGAAAUUAAGUCAACGGUCUUCAAAAAAUUCGAAAAGGAAAAUCUCUUUCAACUAACUUGUGCUGACGUUGUUGAACGGUUUCAACUUUGGCUAAUGCUUACCAUCAUUGCAUCUCGAAAUAUUGUUGAAACUGGUAUCUUCAGCUCUGGCAGCGGUUUGAGUUUGUUCGCCAGCAACAGUCCAUCCACAAGUCCAAACAAUACAUCUUUCGUAACACCACCUAGAACGGCGUCAUCCAUUCUUCCACAGGCUUUCACCAUCCUCCCAUCAUCUAUACUUUCUUCGCUUAGCAAAGUGAAUUCACUUCUCCCACAUGUCCUUGGACCGUUCCUGGUAGUUCUGGGCUCUGAGAUGAUUGUCGACUGGCUAAAACAUGCAUAUAUCAACAAAUUCAAUAACACCCGCCCUUCCAUGUACGGUCGUUUCCUUGAUGUCCUCGCCAAGGACUACUACACAAAUGCCUUUGCAGAUCAAAAUCUCAACCGUCGACUAGGUCUUCCCGUUAUACCUCUGGCCUGCCUUUUCUUCCGUGUGUCGGUCCAGACAUACCAGAUGUUUCUGACCUCAUGGCUCCCACAAACACAGCCCUUCCUCCCGCCAUCAAACACAACCUCCCUAACAUCAAUCCAUGACCAUUACUCCCCAUCACCUUCUCCUUCACCCUCGCUCUUAUUCCCAUUUCAGCCACUCGAAACCGCUUUCUCCCUCACCAAAAUCUCUCCCUUAUUCCAAACCCUGAUUUCCCAUGCAACGCUAUCACCCGUGACUUUCAUACCCAUCUUCACCACCAUCCUUAUUCUCCUUUUAUACCUUACCCUCCUCUUCUCAAAGCUCGUCCUCGGCAUAAUACUCCUCAGCUAUGCCCGCUCCCGCUACAAGAAAAUGAAAUUGCGAGAACGCGGGCCUGUAUCUUCAACCACAUCUGCCGUCACAAAUUCAUUCUCUGCCUCCAAACCAACAGCAACUCAAUCCACCACGGCUGUGUCACAUUCCCAAGCUAAAGCUCCAAACCCCGACAUCGUUGAGGGUGCUCGCCGCGUUGGUGGUUGGGGUGCUGUGGAGGUCGGUGAGGAUCGGAGAAGGUGGAUUUACGCGGACGAUCCCGAUGGAGCGAGACGAUUGAGGGAGAGAGAGGAGAGGGAUAGGGUUUGUAAGUCUAAUGCCGGAGGCAGUGACGGUAUUGAAGGGGUCAUGAGGUAUGAAAUGGCUGCUAAGAGGAUUUGGUGA